GCUGUAGGUCUGAAGGCCAGGUAGGUCUUGGUAGAUGUGGCACAUGGACUUUGACAUUCUCCAAAGAGGAGAGAGACAGUCUCGGAAGGAAGCUGUGCUGAAAGAAGGUGGGAAGCCACCGAGCAGGAAGAUAAAAUAGCUACACAACUCACUAAAAACACGAGAGAAAUUCUGAGGGUCAGGGAUGGAAUUCUGGGCUCCCCAGUGGCCACCUCAGCCACAGGGGAGGCCCACGGCUCCAGCAAAGGAUCCAGACCGUGGGCUUCGGAGAGACAGAAUUCAUCGGCCCAUUCCUCACUCUUGGUACAAUGGAGAGAGGUAUCACCAGUGGCAAGAUCCCCACAGGAGCCCCCCGCCACAGCAGGACCCCAGGACAGACCGCCAGCAGCCCCGUUAUGCGUCCAGGCCUGGAGAAAGGCAUCAGCCUGUGUCCGGGGCUGACUAUUACAAAAGUGGUUAUUCCAGCCAGUUGUAUUCAAGGGCGGGCAUUGAGGAUCCAUAUCAAAGCUAUCAUUCUUCAACCCUAAGGGAAGAACAUGCUUAUGGACAUUAUUACUACCAUAGACACCCGCAGCAGCUACAGGAAGAAAGAGUGCCAAGGCGAGAGAGUCCUUAUAUCUGGCAGGAAGAUCACCGAGAUCAAAAGUACCUCAGUGAGCAUCAGCAUGAAAACCAGAAUAGUCUAUCCAAGAGUCAGAACCCUUAUAAAGACAGCCCUGCUUCUAACACUGGACAGGAGAGGCCUGGGGACAUGAUUCUGGAGAGUCUGCUAACUGGAACCCAGAAGAAUGAGCCACCACUGGCCGACGAGUCCAACCUUCUCCAGCAGCAUGAGUCUGGCCUCACCUCCAGCGCCUACGAGCUCAGUCAGUAUAUAGGAGAUGCCUCUGAGCUGUACAACCCCAUGGCACCAGCAGCUUUGAGUCCAGUUCAGGCUGAGAAUGUCUCGGCAGCAGGUCCUAAGGAGCCCAUGAAAUUCUACAUCCCUCAUGUGCCUGUGAGUUUUGGGCCAGGAGGUCAGCUGGUGUAUGUGAGUCCCAGCUCCCCCAGAGAUGGACAGACGGCCCUAGUUGAACUGCACAGCAUGGAGAUUAUUCUUAAUUAUUCUGAGGAGCAAGAAGAGCUGAGGACUUUCUCAGGACCCCUGAUCAGGGAGGAUGUACACAAGGUGGACAUCAUGACAUUUUGCCAGCAGAAAGCAGCUCAGAGCCAAAAAUCAGAGACACAAAGGAGCAGAGAUUCAGCUCUACUGUGGCAAUUGCUGGUUCUCCUGUGUCGGCAGAAUGGGUCCAUGGUGGGGUCUGACAUCGCUGAACUGCUGAUGCAAGACUGCAAGAAGCUGGAGAAGUAUAAGAGGCAGCCGCCGGUGGCUAACCUCAUCAACCUGACCGAUGAGGAUUGGCCUGUGCUGAGCUCAGGGACCCCAAACCUGCUCACCGGGGAGGUUCCCCCCAGCGUGGAGACACCUGCACAGAUCGUAGAGAAAUUCACUAAACUGCUCUACUACGGAAGGAAGAAGGAAGCCUUGGAGUGGGCCAUGAAGAACCACUUGUGGGGCCACGCUUUGUUCCUUGCCAGCAAGAUGGACCCAAGGACCUACAGCUGGGUUAUGAGUGGCUUCACCAGCACGCUGGCUUCCAACGACCCCCUGCAGACCCUCUUCCAGUUCAUGUCGGGGAGGAUCCCCCAAGCAGCCACGUGCUGUGGAGACAAGCAGUGGGGAGACUGGAGGCCUCACCUGGCUGUGAUUCUGUCCAAUCAGGGUGGGGACGCAGAGCUGCACCAGCGUGCGAUUAUCACCAUGGGGGACACCCUGGCUGGGAAGGGACUGGUGGAGGCAGCUCACUUCUGCUACCUCGUGGCUCACGUGCCCUUCGGUCACUACACCGUGAAGACUGACCAUCUGGCCUUGCUUGGCAGCAGUCACAGUCAAGAGUUUUUGAAAUUUGCAACCACCGAGGCUAUCCAGAGGACGGAAAUCUUCGAGUACUGUCAGAUGCUGGGCCGCCCCCAAUCCUUCAUCCCUUCUUUCCAGUGUCUUACCGAAGACUGUCCUUCCCCGGCAAAGCCGUGCCAGAGCAGCUCCUUCCAGAAUAGUCUUCUCAUCUCUCCCUCAUCUCUUUGGUCAUCCCACCUUUCAGUCACCUCUGGGCUGAGGGUGUAUAAGCUCCUUUAUGCUUCCCGUCUGGCAGAUUAUGGCCUCGUGUCCCAGGCCUUGCAUUACUGCGAAGCCAUUGGCACGGCCCUCCUUAGCCAGGAAGAGAGCGAUCACCCUGUGCUAUUAGUGGAACUCAUCAAGCUAGCAGAGAAACUGAAGCUGUCAGACCCCUUGGUUGUAGAGAGACGCCGUGGAGACAGGGACCUGGAGCCAGACUGGCUGGUGAAGCUGCGCAGGCGGUGCAAGGAGCUAGCGCACAAGGUAAUAGGAGAUGCUGCGGAUCCUCAUUCUGCUCACUCAGACACUUCGGGAGCCAGAGAAACAGCAGAAAGCACUUUCUACCAUGAUCUUUCGGGACAUCCAAGCGACUCAGAAGCCCUUGGGGACCGCUCAGCCUUGUGGCCAACACUGGAGCAGAUGGGCCCAACCCAGCCCAGCCCACAGCAGCCCUUUCUCUACCAGCCCGGCUCCCACCCAGCAGGGGGAAGUGUGGGGCAGAUGGGUGUCCCAGUGCCUCUUUACUCGGUUGCCAGGACCAGUGGUAGCCUGGCAGAGGUAGUAACUCCUGGAGGAGGAACCUGGGAGGAAACCCAGCAGAUGCACCCGCCCCCUGUAGAGAACAUGGUAUCUCCAGGAAGUUUCCAGCAUCCUGAUGGUCAAAAGGUCGUUUCCAAACCGCAGGAGCCACUGAUUCCCAGAUCACGAAAUACUUCUGAGAGUUCCACUUCUUCAGUCAAGGAGGAGGAGGAGGAGUCUUCCGAUGAGGCAGAUAAAAAAUCUUCCCAAAACCCGACACAGAAAGGAAAACUAGGAGAUGUGAAAGAGAACACAAAGAGCUCAGGGUUUGGCUGGUUCAGCUGGUUUCGCUCAAAGCCCACCAACAACGCAUCUAGCUCUGGAGAAGACUCAUCCGACAGUCCCAACUCUGAGGAGACCUCCAGAGUAUCUUCUCCUCCUGAGGCUGGCCCCGGCCUCUCACUGACCUCUCUCCCAGCGCCCCAGUCUCUGCCAGGCACCAGCACCUUGUCUGGGGCCACAGGCGAGGGUGAAGUCGGAGGAUCAGCAUCCAGUGGGGGAGCAGCCGAGGGCACUGGGAGUGGAGUCCUGUCUGGGCCUGAGGCUGUUUCCUCUGAGCUUUAUUUCAACCCUGGUGUUCUGCUUCCCCCAACCCCUUUGAAAGGAAGCGUUCCUCUCUACAACCCAUCUCAGGUGCCCCAGCUCUCCAUGGCUACCAGCCUGAACCGACCGAAUCGCCUAGCUCAGCGCCGCUAUCCAACCCAGACAUGAUGAGAAUGGUCACCCAUCCCAGGCUGGUCUCCUUCCUUGAUCUGCAGCCCCUCUGCCAUAUUGGGCCCCCCAAAAGAGUCAUGCUGGCCUAUUGCCUCUACUAGGACAGGGUCUUCCAGGACACAGCUCAGUCCAGUCUCUUAACAUUAGCUUCAGAAUGAUGGCUGGUACUACAUGGGCUGGAUGGAAAAGCUGGGUAGAACAGCAGACUGGAGGGGAGCAGAAUGCCAUGGUGGGAGUAUUCAGGGUGACAGCCUCAGAUCCUCAGGAAAGUCAAGCCUAAGAACCCCUCAGCUGGAAUCAAUGAUAACCCACUGGGCUCUGUGGCAGGCAAUUAUUUGGGGGAGGUGCCCAGAGCAAUUUUCAUGACUAACGUUGACACAUUCCUCAAUCUUAGUUCUAUACCAAUUCACGGCUCUAGUUAGCAAAGUUUAUAUACUGAAACUUGAUUAUUGCUUCCCGUCAGAACUCCCUCCUCAGUGACAUUUCAGCAGUUUCCCUCUUGGUCCUAGUUUUGUGCACAUUUUUAUGUGCUUCAGAUUAAUUAUAUUUCUCUCACUUUCUUAGCUGGUCCUAUUUUUUCACAUUCUGGCAUCUGGCUAUCAAGUUAGAUUGCUGUAGGCAUCAUAUUGUCAUGGUAACUACCGAACCUAAUGAUGCAGAUGGAUGGAACAUCAGUAUAAUAAAUGAUGGGAAAUGUUUCCUAAAAAUUCACCCCUUCCUUAAGAGAGGAGGAGGAGUGCCUGAUAGUGUUAAUACCACCCUUCCUACCUCAGGCUUUUGCAAAUGGAUGUUUGGAGGGUCGGUGCAGCCAGAGGGAGGAGGGGGACAUCUUGGAGAUUUCCAGUUCUCUUUUCAAACCCAAAAUAGGGAUGACUCUUGCUGUUUGUCAGAUUUGCUGCAAAUUGCUCCUCACAAAGAACAUUUUUUUCUAUCUGUAAUUGUACAUACAGGUUUUGUACUCUAAUGUACUACAGUUCUGAUGUGGAUAGCGAUUAAA